UUAAUACUUUCCCCCUGCGAUGACAAUGUAACAUUCCUAUUUUACCGGAUAUCCCAGCAUCCUCUGGAUAUCAACAUGGCGGCGCCCAUGUGUUUGGAAAAGUUUGUGUAGAUUUACUUUCAAUUUUUCAGAAAUCGUGGACACAGUAUGGAUGUAUUUUAAACCGGAGAGCUCUAACAGAAUAUGAGUGAGUUUGACGCUGCUAGUCACAAGCCCCACCGGGCGCGCCAGCAUGGCCGUAAGCAGGAGAAGAAGAAGGCAAAAACUCCGCAGGAUGAAAACCUGUCAGCCAAACAGCGGAACCCCAAGGCCUUCACUGCACAGUCAGCUGUGCGUAUGGCAAGGCAAUACAGGAGGGCUCAAGAUGUGAAGACCAAGAAGCAGCAUAUUCCAUACGUGGAUAGAACCCCGCUUGAGCCACCUCCCAUCGUGGUUGGGAUUGUGGGACCCCCCAAGGUUGGGAAGUCCACCCUGAUGCAGUGUCUGAUCAAGAAUUUCACCAAACAGAGACUGUCCAACAUCCAGGGGCCUGUCACUAUUGUGUCUGGCAAGAAGAGGAGACUGACUCUGUUUGAAUGUGGGAAUGACAUCAGCUCCAUGAUAGACAUUGCCAAAGUUGCUGACCUGGUUCUUGUGCUGAUUGAUGCCAGUUUUGGUUUUGAGAUGGAGAUUUUUGAGUUCCUGAACAUCUGCCAGGUGCACGGCUUCCCCAAGAUCAUGGGAGUGCUGACUCACCUGGACCACUUCAAGAACAACAAGCAGCUCAGGAACACCAAGAAGAGACUCAAGCACAGGUUCUGGACAGAUGUCUAUCCUGGUGCAAAGUUGUUCUACCUGUCUGGUAUGGUGUAUGGAGAGUACCAGAAGACUGAGAUCCACAACUUGGGCCGCUUCAUCUCCGUGAUGAAGUUCCGCCAGCUCCAGUGGAGAACGACCCACCCCUACGUCCUCGCAGACAGGAUGGAAGAUUUGACCGGCCCAGAAGACGUGAGACAGAACCCGAAGUGCGACAGGACGGUGGCACUGUAUGGUUUUCUGCGUGGGGCUCACAUGAGAGCCAACAGCAGCGUGCACAUUCCAGGUUGUGGAGACUUUGUAGUCCGAGACGUCAGCAUGCUGCCCGACCCCUGUCCUCUCCCUGACAAGGAGAAGAAGCGAGCGCUGAACCAGAAGGAGCGACUGAUCUACGCUCCCUUCUCUGGGGUGGGGGGGAUCGUGUAUGACAAGGACGCUGUGUACAUCGACCUGGGAGGGAGCCAUUCUCACCAGAAGGAACCUGAGGAGAUCACCCCUGGUUCGACCCAUGAGUUGGUAUCUUCCAUCAUUGACACCAAACACACCAUCGACACCAAGAUGGCUGCUAGCGAAGUCAGCAUCUUCAGAGGAUCUGUCCCUGUCACGUCCACACAGAUGGAAAGCAGCUCAUCAUCAGGACCAGAGGAAGAGAUGGUGACUGAUGAGACAACAGGAAGGACCAGGAGGAGGGCAGUGUUUGAGGAAGAGGAAGAGGAGGAGGGAGGAGAGGACAGCAGUGAUGAGGAGGAAGAUGAUGAAGAUGAGGAUGAAGAUGGAAUGACACAGGUGGAUGCAGAAGUGUCCUUCAGAACACCUGGAGAUGGUCAUGCAUCAAAGAAAAGAAUUUCGAUCUCCCAGACGGGACAGGAGAAAGAUGGUUAUGCUUUUGCUGACAGCGAUGAUGACCUGGAAGUGGAUUGGGAUAUACUACACCCUUCAGGAAAAGCACAAGUUCCCAAAACAACUGCUUCCUCAAAAACUGUGAAAAUAACAGAGAAAGAAGACAACACUGGCGAAGAUGAAUCAGAGGAGGAGCAGGAUGACAAAAGUGAAGAUGAUGAGAUGGAUGUUGCCAUGGAAACUGCUAAGGAGAAACAUGCUUCCACAAAGAUGGGGAGAGACUCCUUAAGGACAAAACAUACACCCAGAGAAACAGCUACAGAAGUUGGUAUAUCCAAAACAGUGGCCAAAGUAAGACAAAAAGCAAAGGAGGUACAUUCAGAGAGUGAGGAUUCAGAUUCUGAAAGGAAUUCCAACAUGUCUAAUUCCUCUGGUGGGGAGGAUAUGGAUGAGAAUGCAGGGAGUGAGUUAGAUGAUGAUGGUGAUGGUGAUGAAGAUGAUGAUGAUUAUGGUGAUAACGAUAAUGAUGAUGAAGAUGAUCAAGAGGAAAGUUCUGUCGAUGAGGAUGGAGAGGAGGAGGAGGAAGAUGAAAGGAUUACCCCAGAUGACACAAGUGCAGUUCUUCCCAUGGAGACAGAGGGCGCUUUGAAGUGGAAGGAAAAUCUUUCACAGAAGGCGACAGAUGCGUUCCUGCGUCGCCAAGCAGACACACCAAACCUGAGGAAACUGGUAUACGGAAGAGUGGCUGAGGACGAGUCUUCAGAUGAGGAAGAUGAUGAACUUGGUGGAUUGUUUAAAAGAACAACAAAAAAGGGUGAAGGAAGGAGUGGAGGACCCAAUGAUCUGGACUGUGCCAAGUUUCCCAUUGCAACAGGGGAUGCCAGAGAGUUUGAAGAGAUCUACGAUUUGAUCAAGGACUGUUUUGUGACCGGAGACUGGGGUACCCAGGAUGCAAAGAGGCAGUUAGAAGAGGACGAGGCUCUGUAUGGGGACUUUGAGGACCUUGAAACUGGGGAGACACAUACUGCACAGACAGAAGAAGAGGAGGCUGAGGGAGGGGAAGACCAGAAGGAUAAUCAGGAGGACCAGAAUGGUGGACAGACACCAUCAGAAGAGAAGACAGCACGAGAGAAGCUGCUGGAGAAGAAGAGGAAACUGAAGGAGCUGUUUAAUGCUGAGUAUGACAAUGAGGAAGGAGGAGAGUCUUACUAUGACAGCCUGAAACAAGAGUUAGAGCAGCAAGCACAGAUGAACCGGGCAGAGUUUGAGGACAUGGAUGCGGAGACCCGUGCCCAGUACGAGGGUUACCGCCCAGGGAUGUACGUCCGACUGGAGGUGCCUGACAUGCCCUGCGAGUUUGUGACCAACUUUGACGCCUCGUACCCUGUGAUCAUCGGUGCCCUGAUGAGUGGUGAGGACAGUGUGGGAUAUGUGCAGAUGCGGCUGAAGAAGCAUCGUUGGCACAAGAGAAUCUUAAAGACGCGUGACCCCCUCAUCUUCUCUGUCGGCUGGAGACGAUUUCAGAGCGUUCCACUGUACAGCAUCCAGGACCACAACAUGCGCAACCGCCUGCUGAAGUACACUCCAGAGCACCUGCACUGCAGCGCCACCAUCUGGGGUCCCAUCACCCCACAGGGCACAGGCGUCCUGUGUGUCCAGUCAGUCGGGGAUCGGUCAUCAGACUUCAGGAUAGCCACCACUGGAGUUGUGGUGGAACUGGACAAGUCUGUCAACAUUGUGAAGAAACUGAAGCUGACGGGGUACCCACUCAAAAUAUACAAGAACACAGCCUUUAUCAAGGACAUGUUUAACUCCAUCUUGGAGGUGGCCAAGUUUGAAGGAGCCACAGUGAGGACAGUCAGUGGCAUCAGGGGGACCAUCAAGAAAGCUAUCAAGGCUCCAGAAGGGGCCUUCAGGGCCACAUUUGAGGACAAAAUCAGACUAAGUGAUAUAGUGUUUGUGCGUACUUGGUGCCCAGUCCAAGUGCCUAGACUCUACAACCCCCUGACCACCCUCCUGUUGGCUGAGAAGGACAAGUGGUCUGGUAUGAAGACUGUUGGGCAGCUCAAGUUUGAGCAGGGCAUCAGGAACAACCCCAGCCAGGACUCACUCUACAAGCCUGUAGAGAGGAAGCCCCAGAGGUUCCGGCCCCUGCGAGUUCCAGCCAAGCUCCAGCAGCACCUGCCCUUCAAAACCAAACCUAAACAGAACCCUGCCAAACCAGUCAAGGUCAUGGACAGGCCAGCUGUCAUCAUGGAACCACAUGAAAGAAAGGUGGCAGCUCUGAUGAAGGCCUUACGGUCUGUUCACAAGGACAAGAAAAGCCAGGAAAAGCAGAAGGUCAAAGAGCGAUACCAGAACUACAGGAAGCUGCUGGAAAAGGAGACUGCCAAAAGGGAAGCACGCGAGAAACAGUCCAAGAGGAAGGUCUACUCCAUGAUGUCCCAGAUGGAGACAAAACGGAAAAAGAAACAGGGACUGGGUCAUGACGUGCCCAAAAUGGGCAAGUUUGAAUAGAUUGGAGAUCUCAGGAGAUGUUGAAAGGUGCAUAUGCCUUGGUUCCACAAUAUAUAGUAUAGUUAGAGUAGAGAUUGAAAUGUCACAAAAUCACAGAUGCUACAAGGAGACACCCCGAGGGGAGUCUGUGUCAACAGGAUACUGGAAAUGUCAUAGGGUGAUUGUAAUCAUUGAUCUUAAGUGCCAUGAAUGGAAGUUAAAGUUCUUCAAAAGACACAGAUAUCAAAAAUCAUAUUCAUUUGCUUGCUGCUUUUUGGCAAAUAUUACAUUGGGCAGGGAACCCAUGUUAUCUCCGUCAUAUUAUAACUCAUUUUGAUUUGUUUCACAUUACAGAAUGGCUUUCUACAGUGUUGUAACUUUCCCUACAUGUAUCUCAUCGACGUAUGUAAAGGUAAAGCGGAUAACUCACUAAAGCUGCAGCACGUUGGCAUUGUUGCUGCGUCCUAAAUUGGAUUUUUGUCAUCCUUGACUUUAUACAGAGAAUGUCACGCAAAACGUAGGAUUAAAAAAACAAAA